AUGAGUUAUCUCUUCCAAUUCCCAUUACGAAUGUUUCGAGGAACCAAUCCCGCGAAAUUUGAAUACCACAACCUCACAGAACCAGAUGCGAUUCGUCUCUUGAUUGUGCAUCCAGGUAGUCCUUCUUCUCCUAUUCACUGUAGUCUCAUGCAUACGAGUUUGAGGGAGUGUCGAUUAGAUAUCUAUGAUGGCUAUACAGCACUCUCUUAUGUUUGGGGAGAUCCAAGGGCGAGGAAAAUUGUGUUUAUCAAUGAGAGACCCUUCUCUAUAACUGUUAAUUUAGCAGAUGCUCUUCUUCAUCUACGCGAUGAAAAUCGUUCGCUUCGGUUGUGGGCAGAUGCAAUCUGUAUUGAUCAGGAUAAUUUGGGUGAGCGUACUCAGCAAUUGGGGUUGAUGAGAGAGAUUUAUCGGCUUGGGGGCCGGACUGUGAUUUAUCUCGGUGAGUCUUCUGAGGGGGUAGACACGCUGCUUGAUUAUAUUGGGAGAGAGGGAUCAGGUGCCCAGUUGUCGGAAAUAGAUGAUCUUGCGUUUCGGGAUGUACUCUCGCGUCCUUGGUUUACGAGAGUUUGGACGUAUCAGGAAUUGCUUCUUUCCAGAGAAGUUGUGGUUCAGAUUGGGAGGUGCAGAGUUCUGUGGCAGGAUCUUUGCGGGGUGUUUUUGGAUGGGGAUAAUAAGCUUGCUAUAGACUCGGAUAUUAAGGCUGGAUAUUUAUCAUAUCAACAAGAAAGAUCGGAUACAGCGAUGAUUGAUUUAGAUACGCAAGAGUGUGCGACUCAGAUUGAUUCAUCAUCGCAUAUAUCUUUCAAGCCUGCCACUCAAGCGCAUGCGUAUGAUCUGGAAAUAUUGAGGAGUAUGGAUGUAUCGCGACAGAAGUUUCAGAGCGGUGUUACUGGCGGAUCGUCUCUUCUGAGUAUUCUCGUAUCUCGACAAGGGUCGGGAGUUUCCGAUUUCAGAGACAUCAUUUACGGUUAUCUUGCUGUUGCUGAAAUUCGCUGUCCGUACAGUUACGGAAUAUCUUCAUAUUUAGAUCCGAAAGAUUAUCUGCCGGUGGUGGAUUACACCAAGAGCGUGGAUGAGGUUUUUGUCGAUGCGGCGUUUUACAUUGCUAUUUCUACCGAACCACGAAGACUCUGGGAUAUGCUUUUUCAUUCCGAAACUACGCAUCCGCAUUUGAAACGAGAGGGCUUACCAAGCUGGGUACCGGAUUGGACUCUCGGACGAAAUGACCUGCCGAAUUGUAGCUGGCCGUUUGUGGGAAACCAUACCGCGGAUAUUCCGGCGCCUGGAGAAUUGAAAAUGAGCUCUAAAGUGGGACCUUGGAUCAUACCUGUUGAUCCCCAGAUUCUAACAGUAUACUGUGACCUUCAAGCUAUUGCCCUUGUGACCAAGACUGCUCGACCAGAUUUCUCAGGAUCAAAAUUUGCCGAGCAGAAACACAUUUUGAUUGAUACUUUCCACGAACUUCUCGACAUGUACAAAGACAGGCCCAAAUUUGACGCUCGACAGGUAUGGGAUCUCCACUUCAAUUCCAAGCUUCGGAAUCUAUACAAAAGUCUCCACGUAUCGUGGGAGUCUUUAGAAGUGCAGAAUAUUUUCUGGAAGAACCCCGAUCUGCGACACUAUAAACUUUUCAGCAAGGUUAUGCAUCAGAUAUUUAAAUACUGCAGCAAGCUUUCCCAUAUCGGCGAACUUUCCGAAGCCAAGCUAUGGCAGCUUCUUCAUGGUUCUCCUAUUGCUAUUCUGCUUGUUGCGGCGAUAUUCCCAUCUAGCGAGAGACUCAUUAGUGAAAGGGCUUUUGCGCGAUUCUCUAAAUCUCCCUCGCUUAUGAGUAUUGGGAUAGUUCCCUACUCGACAAAAGUGGGAGAUUUUGUUCUGCAUUUUUAUGAUGGGACGGACAAUCAUUCUUGUGGAGUUUUGCGACCCAUGAAUGAUUGUAGAAAUGAUCAUCUCGAUGAAAAAAUCAAGACGAAAAUUGCAGUGCAGGGCUUGAGUUCUGAUAUUUCGAUUUUCCACUGCACUUAUAUUGGAAAGGGCUGGGUGGAUAAAGGGUGGGUGGAUAAGGGCUGGGAUAUUAAGACGCGUGGAAAUAGUGAUUUGGAUAUAGAUAUGGAUACAUAUACACACAGCAAUCUCGAGAAAACCGCAGAAAUUGCAGACAAUAAAUGGAAUCCCAAUUGGGAUCAUGCCUUAGACUCCUCCAACACACCCUCAGAAUCCGCCUCAAAUUUCGACUCACCACGAAAACCAGACGCAGAUUCAACUCAGAAUUUGAAGUUCCCCUCAGGUUCGCAUCUAAAUCCCAUUUCUCCAGAAGCAAAUCAGAAAGAUGAAUUUCGCAUGUCAUCAAAACUUCGCGAGUUCAUGUCGGAUGAAUAUUAUGAGCCUGUCGAUUCGCUGAUGAAUCUCAUGAGGGGAUUUGAUAGGACGGUUAAAACGGCUGAUUUUAAUCCGGUUAUGAUGGUUUUGCAUUGA